AAUUCAUAGCUUCCUAGCUAGACUAGUGCUUUUUUAAACUUGUUCUUAAAAGUUCCAUGUGUUUUAGAUGAUUCUAUUUGAUUAAUCCAUACCCGAUUCUUAUAAGUUUCUUCAUUUUCCUAACUAUUGAUUUCGCAGGGUUUGCAUAACUGAUAUGAUUUGCAAGGUUUGCAAGUCAUAAUAUAUACAUUUUCAUAACUGAGUAAUGUGUGAUGGGUAACAACAACGUAUCCGGUUUGCAAGAGCAAGAAAAGAAUGAUGUUGAAGAACCGAACAAGUCACAAGAUGUUCAGGGGAAGUAUACAGGAUUGAAUUCCAAGGAAAAUUUAGGAGAAAGUGAUUCUGAGAAACAAGAAUCAGAUCUUAGUGAGCCAAAUGAAGCGAAAAUAGAAGAUCCCACCAGAUUGGCGAAUGUUCCAUUGGUUUCAAUGGAUACAGAUCCAGGGAUGGAGAUCUAUCCAUCAGCAGCAAGAACCGACAACCCUAUUCAGAAUAAAACAUCAAUCCAAGAAGAGGCAGAAGAGUGGAUGGAAUCACCUGCAGAUACAGAAACUAGUAGUCAAGAAGCAGAAUCUACCGAAGCAGAAUCUACCGAAUCAGAAUUUAGUCCUGUUAAACCAACUACAGAGGAUGGUAACAAGCUGGAACUUGGACGCAAUGAGCGAGCCACAGAAUCUCAUGUCAUAGCAAUGAAUGAACAAAUACUACAUGGUUUGUUCAGUACAAAUUCUGAAGUAGAGAAAAGUCAAGACCAAUCACUAAUAAAGGAAGAUAUGGAACUGCAAAAAGGAAAUGAUGAAGUGAACAUGAAAGGAGGUGAGGUGGAAGAAACAGUUAUUAUACUGAAUGACAUUGAAGAAAGCAACGGAGAACACCAACCCAUGGGACUGAACCCAUUUGGAAAGGAAUCCGAGGAGACGCAAACAAAAUCUGCUUCACUGACUGGAUCAGUCCAAUUGUUUCAUGUAAAAGCUUCAGAAUCCAAUCGCGAAACAGAAACUGAAGAGACAAAGGUGAUUGAGAAUAGAAUAAAGAUUGAAGGCAGUGAAAUCAUCGAUAAGACACUUCAAAGUAGGGAAAGUUCAGUUGAAGUGUCAGAGGUGGAAAGAAUGGAUAAAUAUGAGUUAACGAAAACAAGCACUGGUCAUAAAGAAGCUGAAGAAAUCGAAGAUGAGGAAUCAUUAAGUCAUGGGAUCAAAGGAGAAUCGCAAAUUGAUGGCUCUAAUGUAACCGAGAAUGGUCACCAUGUUGAGAAUGUCACCAAGGAAAACAGUACUAUUGAACUAGAGAAUGAUAGCGAGAUUUUUUUCGAUUUCUAUACUCCCUCAGCUGCAGUUAUAGAUGCCAAAGUUGAUCAAGAAGGAGAAAAGGUUCCAAUAUCAGACAUCACCACUGAGGCAGGCAACUAUGAUGGCCCAGAGUUCUUAAGCAUAGAAACUACAAAGCAGCUCGAGGAUUUCUGUGUUUCUAUACUCACCUCUCAGGUAAAUCAAUUAACAAACAAUCUAACAGACUCCAAAAUUGGUGAAACAGAAUUUCAGAAACCCACUACUGAAUCAUACCAAGAAGCGCUCACCACCAGCACUGAUGUAACAACAGAAUCGAGCUUCCGUGCUGAGAAUCCAAUUGCAAACACAGAAGAUCUAUUAGUGGUUUCAAGUAAACAAGAUUCCGAACACGGCGCAUUCCAGCAUCGGAUAGAGAGCACUGAAGCAAGCAAAAAUAUUGAGAGUUACAUUAGUGAAUCAACUUCAGACGAUGUAAAAAUCAACACUGAAGUUACUAAAGUUUCCAGCUGCAAAUUGCUCCAAAGUGAUUCAGAAAAUGGAGACUUUGAUGGAAUACCACUGCUACAUCAGGAGGUAACUCAAAAAGCUAAUACUAAUAUAAGACACCCAUCUACAGAGAAAGAAGUUGAAGAAGUUGAAAUACAAGAAAAAUCAGUAGAGAAACAAGUCAUUGCAUUGGAAAGAACAAGUACAGAGACGUUAAAAGCUCCAUUGCUAAACUACAUGAAAGAAGAAAAUCAUGCAAUUGAAUCCCCAAAGAAACAAGAGAAACAUAAACCUAAGUACUCCUUCUUCGGCAACUGCAUGUGUUGUACACCAGUUUCACAGUAAGUAAAAGGUUUUCUUUCUAAAUUUCAGUACCAAAUGAAAUUUCAGAUAUUUAUUUGAUUUGUUGGAGAGGGAGAGAGAAUUUGUGAUUGUGAUAAUGCGUUUGAAGAUUUUUGAGAGAAGAAAAAAUACAUGAGAGGUUGUAUGACUCUGAAUUUGUGAGAUUUCAUUUCAUACAAUGUAUUGUUUCUUUAAUGUCAGAGUUGAUUUCAGUU